UUCGGAGAUGAUUUUAGAGAGAGAGAGAGUCCAAACUGUCCAAAGCCAAAGGCUGAAGACCCUCUCUCUGCCUCUCAAACACACACACGUAUAUAUACCUGUCUUUGUCUCUCUCUGUAUCUCUCUGUUUUCCCCUGCAUCUGCUCUGCUUCUUCUCUGUUUCUUUUUUCUCGCCCUUUUUUCUGUUUUUCUUCCCAUCCAAUCACUCUCUCUAAUUCUCUUUAAUGGCGACCUUAAACAUUCCCACGAGAAUGUCUCCUAUGAAAUAUGACGUAGGUUCUGAACGUCUUUCUUCCUCCAAGAGCCUCGUCGAUUUUCUUGCUUUUCAAUCCAGACCCAUAAGAAGAACUCAAUGUCAACAAAAGCAUUCCUUUACUAUUACUUCCAUGAAGAUCGCCGAGGACAGCCAGAUGGGUGAGCUCAGCUCCCCAAACGGUCCUUUGGAUGCCGUUGACGCAUUGAACUCUCAUUUUGAGCUUCAGUCUAAUAACUACACUCAGGGUCAGCUAAGGGUAAAUUCAAGUGGCCGAAGAAAGACUAAGAUAGUAUGCACAAUUGGUCCUUCCACAAGCUCACGUGAAAUGAUAUGGAAACUGGCUGAAGCUGGAAUGAACGUGGCACGUUUAAAUAUGUCACAUGGGGAUCAUGCAUCUCACCAGAAAACCAUUGAUCUUGUUAAAGAGUACAACUCUCAAUUUGAUGACAAGGUUAUAGCCAUAAUGUUGGACACCAAGGGUCCUGAGGUUAGAAGUGGAGAUGUACCUCGACCAAUCACACUCCGCGAGGGACAAGAAUUCAAUUUUACAAUCAAAAGAGGAGUCAGCACAGAAGAUACUGUUAGUGUAAAUUAUGAUGAUUUUGUGAAUGAUGUGGAGGUUGGUGACAUAUUAUUGGUUGACGGUGGAAUGAUGUCUUUAGCAGUUAAGUCCAAGACAAGUGAUUUGGUGAAGUGUGUGGUGGUUGAUGGUGGAGAACUAAAAUCAAGGCGUCAUUUAAAUGUGCGUGGCAAAAGUGCAACACUACCUUCAAUAACAGACAAAGACUGGGAAGAUAUCAAAUUUGGGGUGGACAACCAAGUUGAUUUUUAUGCUGUAUCAUUUGUGAAAGAUGCUAGAGUGGUCCAUGAAUUGAAAGAUUAUCUUCAGAGGUGCAAUGCAGAUAUCCAUGUGAUAGUCAAAAUUGAAAGUGCAGACUCUAUCAGAAAUCUUCAUUCAAUAAUUUCAGCAUCUGAUGGGGCAAUGGUUGCUCGUGGAGACCUUGGAGCUGAACUUCCAAUUGAGGAAGUUCCUUUAUUGCAGGAGGACAUCAUAAGAAGGUGUUACAGUAUGCAGAAACCAGUGAUUGUAGCAACAAACAUGCUGGAAAGCAUGAUCAAUCAUCCAACACCAACAAGGGCAGAAGUCUCUGAUAUUGCAAUAGCAGUACGAGAAGGUGCGGAUGCAGUCAUGCUUUCUGGGGAAACUGCUCAUGGCAAGUAUCCAUUGAAAGCUGUCAAAGUAAUGCAAAAUGUGGCAUUGAGGACUGAAUCAAGCCUACCAAUCAGGACUGCUGAUCCGAAUCAAUUGAGAUUGUAUAAGAGCCAUAUGGGAGAUAUGUUUGCUUUCCAUGCCACUACUAUGGCGAACACCCUCAAUACACCCAUAAUCGUUUUCACAAGAACAGGAUCUAUGGCUAUACUUUUAAGUCACUACCGUCCAUGCUCGACAAUCUUUGCUUUCACCAAUGAAGAAAGGAUUAAGCAGAGGUUGGCACUUUAUCAUGGUGUUCUUCCCAUAUAUAUGCAAUUUUCAAAUGAUGCAGAGGAGACAUUUUCAAGAGCACUCAAGCUAUUAACGGAUAAGGGUCUGUUGAAAGAGGGAGAACAUGUCACUCUUGUCCAAAGUGGCGCACAACCAAUCUGGCGUGAAGAAUCUACUCAUCACAUCCAAGUGCGCAAGGUCCGACGUUGAGUUUGCACUUGUGAAGAGUUAUCUUUAUUUGCUUGUAGAAAUUAAUAUGUUAGUGGCUAAUAUGAAAAUGAAUAUAUAUAUAUAUAUAUAUAUAUAUUUAUUUUACUUUUAACUUGUAACAAUCUUUAUGAUCUUUGUGCCAAGUUUGAUUAAUAGGUUUUCCUUCUAACGGGUGUUAAAACUUUGAACUUUUUUGAGUAUUUAUAGGAAUUAUUCCAACAAUGUGUAACAAUUAUCUCAUUGAUUGAAUUUUUGAUGUUUCAAAUGUGUCCCUUACAUUCUCUAACGAUUUGUUUUUGUUUUGUUGUA